GAGAGCACGGUGUGAAUGCUGCUCUCCUCAGAGCGGCUCUGCUCUGUAAUUGUGACUGUUGCGGGGUAAAACAUGGGGUUAAUCUGACAGGUUUCUGAGACUGAUGGAAGUAGAAGACUGUAAGUAUUUAAUGCAUCGUGUCUGUAUCUGUUAGUGAUGCUCUACAGGAGAGACUGAUCUACUUCUACACUGCCAGACUGAGGGGAGCUACACUUUCAACAUCGUGGAGAGAAAAAGAGAGAGAGAGAGAGAGAGAGAGCACGGUUUCCAUCAGGAGUCGAUGUGUGUGUGUGUGUGUGUGAUUGUGUGACAGACAGCAGGAGUAUGUUGUUGCUGCGAUCGCCAUCUUCAGCGGCUCGUGUUUAUUGGUGAUGAGCGCGCUCCCUCCGCGCGGACGCUCUGUGUAAUUGAGGCGCGAGGACCAUGCGUGCUGUGAGGAAUGCUCGAGCUCUGCGUCUCGCCCCCAACAGCCGCCCAGUCUCUUCUUCUCCUCUCUCAGAAUAAAUGCGCUUCACGCGCACACCAACUUAACCUGCAUCCAAAUAUGAAUGUAUAUGGAUUUUUCCGGCUGGCUAUUUCAUACUUACUUUUGCUGGGCUCUGCUAAUCUCAGUCGAGGUUCCGAAUGUAAUGCUGGGUGCAAUCCUGAAAAUGGGAUUUGUGAAAAGAAUGGCGAGUGCAGGUGUAGGCCUGGGUGGAAAGGUGCAACAUGCGAGCAAUGUGUUCCUUUCCCAGGAUGUGUUCAUGGAACGUGCGAGAAAGCUUGGCAGUGUAUCUGUGAACAGGGAUGGGUAGGAAGCCAGUGUGACCAAGAUGUCCAGCAGUGUUCAUUAAAGCCUUGCACUGGUAAUUCCGCUUGCAUUGAGACGGGAGACGGUGGAUAUUUGUGCAUCUGUCCUCCCGGGUACUCAGGAAAAAACUGCCAGCUGAAGAAAGGACCUUGUCAGAAGAACAGCUCGCCAUGUCAGAAUGGAGGCAGCUGCGUGGAUAACGCUGGAUUUGGCGGCCACUCUUCUUGUGUUUGCCCACCUGGAUUCACUGGUGACUUCUGUGAAAUUCAGGCUGAUAUCUGUGAGCCAAACCCAUGUCUAAACGGAGGGACUUGCAGAGAUAAUGGUUUGGGCUACACUUGCGUUUGCCUCAGUGGAUUCUCCGGCCCCACCUGCAACAUCAACCUGACUUCAUGCUCUGACAGCACCUGUGGGAAAGGAGGCACCUGCUUAACAAACACCAGUGGUGGAAUCCACUGCUUAUGCCCCCUAGGCCUAACCGGACCAUCAUGUAACCUUCAUACCCACAAACCCAAACCAAAGGCCAGGCCUAAACCGCCCGGUCAUGACCAUACUCCCCAUCACUACAACAUCCCAUCACACGCCUUCCACAAGCUGCUCAGACCUCCUGAGCGUGACCUUCUGAAAAUCACCAUGAAGGAGACAGUGCACACCUCCAGCCCUUUGGUCACCCGUAGCCAGAUCAUCUGCUUCGUUGUUCUGGGUCUGUUCACCUGCUUGGUGAUUCUGGGAACCACAGGGAUCAUUUUCUUCAAUCGCUGUGAGGCGUGGUUGGCAAAUACAAAGUAUAGCCUGCUGGUGAGGCAACAGAGGAACUACCUCCUGAAGGAUACCGCUGGUGAGGAUCACUCCAUAAACAUCAUCCUGCCAGAGAAAAUCAAGCUGACCAAUUAUGGGAAGCAUUAUACAUCUAUAUAAAGCAGAAACAUAAGAUACUUAUUCUUAUAGCUAACUUAGAACAGUCUUAGAUCAGUGCAGAUAAAAAUAUAUUUGUAGUUUACGUUUUGUGAUGUUAAAAUAUAUGUAUUAAUAUAAAGAAAAGAAAAAAAAACAGAAAAAAUACAAACUAACCCUUUUUGCAUCAGAUUAAUAAAAUAUUUCAGAGACAAUUGCAAGAUUUCUUUAAAUUAAAUAAGAUAGAAUAGGUGUGUACAAUAAUGACCACCGCACAUAUCAUAUACAAUGCCUUGAAAAAGUAUUCAUACCCCUUAAACUUUUUUUUAACAUUUUUUCCUGUUACACCCAAAAACCUGAAUGUAUUUUAUUGUGAAAAGAAAAUGAUAUAUAGUUUUCAAAAUAUUUACUUAAUAAAAAAUCUAAAAGUGUGCCGUGCCAUUGUAUGCAGCCCCCUGUACUUUAAUACAGCUAAAUAAAAUCCUCUGUAACGAAUUGCCUUUAAAGGUCACCAAUUAGUAAAUAGAGUUCAUCUUAGUGCUGGGUGAUUAUGGCCUAAAAAAUAAUCUUCGAUUUUUUCACAAAAAAAAAAAAAAGAUUUUCUAAUAUAAUCGAUUUUUCUUACCCUCCUGUUAAAAAUUAAACUACAGAUGACAAAGAAAUGGUUCAAGACAAGGCUUACCUUUAAAAAAAAAUAAAAUUAUAUAUAUCUGGUGAUCAGGCGCUUUGGGUUGAGUCAAAUCAAUGAGGGAAUCAAUGAUUCAAAUAUUGUUUAACAAGCCCAUCCGUCAUAUCAUGUGCUGACAUCAUGUAUGCACAGCCAGCCGGGGAGUUACUCACACUGACGGACACUGUAGUUAUACUUCAGGACGUGUAUUUGUGACUGAAAAUUGAGAAAUAAUGCACUAAACGAGUCACAGAAGAAACUUUGAAGGAGAGAUUAUUAUUGUUUGCACAUUUAAUCACGGACCCUCACCGGAGAGCGAUGACGCUGCAGUUUUUAAAAAACGAAAAAUUUAUUUAUAGAUAAAUAUACACUUUAUCCCACCGGGGGUUUGUAUCGAAAGUUCUGAAACAGUGCUGGAACUUUUUUUUAGUACAAGCUAAACGAGGAACGUUUAAAAAAUAUAGGUGUGUUGGUCUGUAAGUAAGACAGAUAAACACUACAGAAAUUAGUAGUGCUUUUAGAUUUUUUCAAUUAAAGAAAUAAAUUGUCUGUAUUGUAACGGCGCCCCUGGGAAUAGGGGUGUGGCCACCGUGACCCGGCAGUCAGAAAGCACACAGAUACACAGACACACAGAAAGGCAAGAACUCAAAGCGUACCUUUAUUUAGGUUCAAAUGCUCUCCACCAACAACCACAACUCAAAACAUAACUACUCUGCCCAGUGGGGCAUUAGUUGCUUAACUUGUGACUUUCAGACUUUUAAGGGUCCAUUCUGCCUCGUUAUGCCGAUCUCAGAUGGCUGCUCAAUCAGUCCUGAUUCAGACCAGCUGGGACAGGCAGGGGCUGCGUGUCACAAUGUGGGGCGGACCCACGGCUCCCCCACCUCUGCGCGUCACAGUAUGUAAAAUCAUGAUUACUCCUUUUUAAAAAUCGCAUUUAAACUGUAAUUCAAAUUUACCAAAUUAACUGCAAAAUUUGCUCAGCACUAGUCCAUCUGUGUGUAAUUUAUUCUCAGUAUAGUUGCAGCUGUUCUGCAAAGGCCUCAGUGAUUCGUUAGAAAGCAUUAAUGAUCAAACAACAUCCUGAAAACCAAAAAGCUUAUAAGAUAUAGAAGAAAAUAAAGGAAUAAAGUUGAGGAGAGGUGUAAUGCAGGGUUACACUACACUCUAAGAAAAGUAAGUACAGAUUUGUACUUAAAAGAGUACAAAGCUUGUCUCUGGGGCUGUACCUUAUAUUGAGGUACAAAAAAGUACCUUUCAGUAAAGUCCUUUUUUGUAUCCAUGGUUUUUGUGCCGGUAAAGAUUAUAAAGAUUAUAAACAUUAUCAUCAACUGAAUAUGGCUCAAAAACUUAAUGAUCCAAAAUUGUCUGGCUUUCAAAUAAAAAAUGUGCAAUUUAAAUAUAUUUUGUUUAUUAGUAAAGUGAUACAGAAUACUGAAUGUACCUUUUGACUGGUUAAAUGGUACAAAUGUGUACUUAUUUCUGUUAGAAAUUACUUUGUACUUCAGAGGAAACAAAGACCAAUAUUGUACCUUUGAGGGUACAAUUAUGAAGAGUGUACCUUUAAGUACAAAAAAGUACUCAUAUCGUACCUCUGUUUUUUAGAGUGUAUAUAAAAAAAUAUCUCAAGCUCUGAACAUCUCUUGUAGCACUGUUCAAUCCAUCAUCUGAAAAUGGAAAGGAGUAUGACACAUUCGCAAACCUACCAAGACACAGCAGUCCCUGAAAACUGACAGCACAGGAAAUUUGAUCCUAAAAAGUAUUGACUCAGGAGAGCUGAAUACAAAUGCAUCUCACACUUUCCAACAAAAGUGUGACAACUGAGUACACCCUCACAUUUCUGCAAAUAUUGCCUUGUAUCUUUUCAUGGGACAACACUAUAGAAAUGAAACUUUAAUAUAAUCGAUGUACAGCUUGAAUAGCAGUAUAGAUUUACUGUCUUCUGAAAAAAAAAACUCAACACACAGCAGCCGUUAGCUGGCAGUAGCUGGCAAUAUACAGUGGUGUGAAGAAGUGCUUUCCCUCUUUAUGAGUUCUUAUUGUUUUGCCUGUUUGUCACUCUUAAAUGGUUCAACUCAUCAAACAAAUUUAAAUAUUAUUCAAAAACAGCACAAGUAAACACAAAUUGUAGUUUAUAAAAGAAGGUUUUCAUUACUAAGUGAGACAAAAAAUCCAAACCUACAUUGCCCUGUGUGAAAGUGUUUGCCCUGUUAGCAUAAUAAGUGAUUGGGCCACAUCUAGCAGCAACAACUGCAAUCAAGCGUUUGCAGUAACUUGUAAUAAGUCUUUUACAGCACUGUAGUUUACAGAAUUGUUGUAAUUCUGCCACACUAGAGGGUUUUGAAGCAUGAACCUCCUUUUUAAGGUCAUGCCACAGCAUCUCAAUCAGAUUCAGGUCAGGAUUCACUUUGACUAGGCCACUCCUAGGCUACUCAUUUAAAGGUGCAGUUUCUGGUGUGUUUUGGGUCAUUGUCCUGCUGCAGAACCCAAGUUUGUUUUAUAAUAAGGUCACAAACCGAUGGUCAGGCAUUCUCCUUCAGGAGUUUUGGUAUAAAGCAUAAUUCAUGGUUCCAUUUAUGGCAGAAUUUAGACGAGCCUUAUAUUAAUGUUCUUUUUUGCUCAGCAGUGGUUUUCAUCUAGGAACUCGUUUCGUUUUUGCCCAGUCUCUUUCUUAUGGUGGAUUCAUGAAUGCUGAUGUUAACUGAGGCAGGUGAGGCCUGCAGUUCUUUGUAUGUUGUUGUGGGGUCUUUUGUGACCUCUUGGAUGAGUUGUCGCUAUCCUCUUGGGGUAAUUUUGGUCGGUCGGUCACUUUGGCCAUGAUAAACCACUUUUUCAUACAUUUCUUGCAUUUUGUGCUUACUUGUGUUGUCUUUGACUAAUUGUAUUAUACAAGUAUAAUAUUAUUCUACAUUUGUUUGAUGAUCUGAAACAUUUAGCAGUGACAAACAUGCAAAAAAAUAAGAAUUCAUGAAGGGGUCAAACACUUUUUCACACCACUGUAAGUAAGAAAACACUCCACAGUAAACAAAUCCAAACUGGUGUCCAUUGUGUUGUUGUCCCUUCCUGGUGUCACGUGACUUGUAAAGAGCUGUAAGGUUCCAAGAGUGAAUAUAAAAAUGGGCUGUUAAAUUUGUUCACUGGCCUGUGGAUGUUCACCAUGGCACUUCAUGGAAAGAACUCUCUGAGGAUGUGAGAAAUAGAAUCGUUGCUCUCCUAUUAAAGACGGCCAAGGCUAUAUGAAGAUUGCUAACACCCUAAAACUGAGCUACAGUACAGUGGCCAAGGUCAAACAGCAGUUUUCCAGAACAGGUUCCACUCUGAACAGGCCUCCCCAAGGUCGACCAAAGAAGUUGGGUCCACAUGUUCAGAGUCAUAUCCAGAGGUUGACUUCAAAAAUAGUGCUGCUAGCUUUGGUGCAGAGGUUAAAAAGUGGUCAGAGGUCAGCCUGCAGUGUUGUCCCAGAAGCAAAGCCUCAUCUGAAGGUGAUGCACAAGAAAACCUAAAUACAGUUUGCUGAAGAGUAGCAGUCCAAGAGCAUGGGUUACUAGAACCAUGUCCUGUGGUCUAACAACAUCAAGAUAAACUUGUUUAGCUCAGAUAGUCUCCAGCAUGUGUGGCGGAACCCUGGUGAGGAGUUCUAAGACAAUUUGGGCACAAUUAGGACAUGUUCACUGUGAGAUAUACUCACUUGUGUUGCCAGUGAUUUGACAUUAAAGGCUGUGUGAUAAGUUAUUUUUAGAGGAACUCAAUACUGCUGUACAAGCUGCACACUGACUGAAGUUAUGUCCAGGUUUCAUUUCUUGAGUUUUGUUCCAUGAAAAUAUAUUGAAUAUCUGCAGGAAUGUGAGGGAUACAUGCACUUUUGUUAGAUACUGUACUCUUAUCACAUAAAAUCCCAAUAGAAUAAAUGUAAUUUUGUGGGUCUAACAUGAAAAUGGGGGACAUUUCAAGGGAUGAAUACUUUUUCAAGGCACUGUAGGCAACAUAAGUAGCUCCUCAUCUGAAUCUGAUGGAAGGAAUAUGCAAAGUGACAAAAUACCUAGUUGUAUUUGUUAUAAAUGACUAAAUUUAUCUCAGUGUGGUAAAAGGCACAGUUCUAUAUACUAGGGGUGCACCGAUAUUAUUAUUUUUUUAAACAAAAUUAAACAUGUAGACAUGGCUAAAAGUUUUUUCAUCACUAAAUCAAAAUUUUAUUUAAUUUAAAAGCCUACAUUAAGGGUGGGCGAUAUGGCCCUAAAUAAUAUCACAAUAUUUAAUGGUAUUUUCAUUGUAUUGUAAUGGUAUGUACUCUUGGCAAUAUGACAAAAUACUGAAUUAAAAUAUAUAUUUUAAGAAUAAACUAAUGCAAAAAAAUGAAAAUUUAAUUUAUUUAAGUUAUUAUUGCAUACAGUAUGAUAUGGCACACUCCUAAUUGAGAUAUUAAAAAAUACAAGAAUUUUAUCAGAUUUGUAACAGAAGUGAAUGAUACAGAAUGUCAUUAUACUAAUAAUAAUGCACUCCAAAUAUUUCCAACUGCAUCAUUUAUACUAUGUUAAGAAAAAAAAAGUUUUUUUGAGAAAAAAGGUGAUUUUGGUCAUAAUUUGGUUUUACUCUUUCUGUCUUUUACCUAGUUUGGCAGCAUAUUUCAAUUUAAAACUAUAUUUAAAGCAUUUUAAAAAAUUCACAUCUCAGGAACUGAAUAGAAGGGGAAACUGGAGGAUGAUGAUUGUAGAACACAGGGUAAGCCUGUAUAAAAGUCUUAAGAAAACAUCUUAAAAAUCCUGCAUUUUACAGGCAGCUUAUUUUGGGAUGUACGGACCAGUGUCUUCUACACACUUUUUGGAGUAUUUAUUGUGUAACAGUGUAUGAACGCUUGUGUAAUAAUGUGGUGAAACUCCAUAGUAAUGUACUGGAAUGUAUUUCAGCUGUACUAAAUCUGUUUCUGCAGUCUGUCCAAGAGGUGACUGGAAGUGAAGAAGUGAUGAUUUACUGCAGUAUAGAUUGUCAAUUGUUCUAUGAAGAGGAAAGUGCAUUUAAACAUCAACUUUUGCAGCCUUUUUGAUCAACUGAUUGUAUAUUUAAAAUUAAUAUGUAAAAUUACAUUCCUGUUACUAAUAUGUUCAUACUAGGGGUGGGCGAUAUGGCUCUAAAAUAAUAUCACGAUAUUUCAGGGUAUUUUUGCGAUAACUAUAUAGUUGGCGAUAUAGAAAAACUAAAUUCAUAAUUCAUUCAUUUCAGGAAUAUAGUAUAAUAGUAUAACAGUAUAAUCAUAAUGUGGCAAAAUAAAUAAUAUAGCAUAAAAUAAUAUAAUGCAGCAAAAAUAAUAUUGCAGAAUAUUUAGUGCAUGCAUAUAAACUGCAAGCUGAAACAAUUAUACAAUAAAUACACUUAAAGCUUCACAGUAAAUAAUAGACUACUUUUAAGACAGAACAGCCCUAUUAUCAUGAUAUGGAUUUUUAAUAUCAUGAUAUUUCUGUGUCACGAUAUAUUGUAUACGAUAUAAUAUUGCCCACCCCUAAUUCAUACCAGUUAUACAAGUUUUUAACAGUGUAUUCAGUUAUACAGUUUUAAUGUAAAUACUUUACUAAAUACAUACUGUUUUAACACCUUUUUCCCAUCAGCAUCGCAGACAAAAACAGAUAUAGUUCAUAUUUAGCCACGCCUCUCCCCUCCUGUUCUUCUGCUUCAACCCUGCCGAUGCUGGCUGUUAGCGUUGUGGCUAAACCUCCCUAACCUUUUCAGAGUCUGGCUGCUGUGUCUGUUAGCAUUGUGGCUAAAAGGCCAGUGCACACCAGACAUGGCCCAGUGAUUGACUGUUAAAUUCUCUUCAGAGCUCCAUGCAGUAUUUUUCAUUUUAUUCAUACUACAAACAUUUAAAAUACAUGACUUGUGACUUAAAAUGUACAUAAAAUAUUAAAGUAUUACAGUAUUUUACCAAAAAUGUU